AUAUACCAUGAUGGACUGUUCUACACCUGUGGUUCCUUAUGGCUUCAGGGUUCUGCUUGAGACACUGGGCAAAACUGUACUGCAUGAACAACCUGUAGAUGUACACCAGUUUGCUUCAGGAUAUUUCAAGGAAUUGCUUCAGUUUAGAGAUGUGCAUCCAACCCUUGAUGUAAUAGAACUGGCAAAUUUAUUUUAUUUAACUAAAGAACCAGCUGAUGUGAGAUUCAGGCCUUUCAGAAAAACGUGUUUGGGAAACGAAUGGAAGCUGCCUACACUUGAAAGUUUCAGAAAAUCAUCAGCAAGGCACUUGGAAUAAUUCUGCUAAUUUUCUCAUGGAAGUCUGAAGGUUUAGAGAAAUGGAUGCACAGGAGAGAGUAGACAGCAUCUCCACACCAGAAGAAGAAUCAGAUCAAAAUGAAAUUCAACCUUCUGGGAAAUCAUCAUGUGUUACACUUGCAUCUGAUCCAGUAGUUAAACCUUCAGUGACUGAAGUAUGUUACAGUAUACCUCAGCCAGUGUCUAAAAUAUCGAUUUCUGAUGUGACGCUAGAAAAUAAUCCUGGUUUUGUAUACAUUUAUACAAAUGGUUGUUCAGAGGAUCAAGGCGAAGAACCUGGUUUUGCAUGCAUUUAUACAAACUCUUGUUCAAUGGACCACACAAUGGCACCAAUUGACCUUAAGCAUAUGUCAAUUGACCAAGAAGCUUCAACAGAGCAAGUGACUUGUAACAUGCCUCCUGAUAACCUGAAGAACCUACCUGAACCAGUUGCUCUUGAGGUUCUUGAAGAAAUGAAUCAAAUACAUACAGAUAGAUUUCUGGGCUAUGUUGAACCAAUCCAAGCUGAUAAUGGGAUCAUUCAUAGUUCAGUGCAUAAGCCCCACUCAGCAACUCAUAAAACAGAACCAGCUAGUUCAGAAACAUAUUUAGCUCACCGUGCACUUUCAUUAGACACAGCAUUAUGUCAGAAGGUUGUCUCCUUGCCUUACAAAGUAGUUCCAGUUCACGCAGAACCUACCUCAGUUCACUCUGAAUACUUCACUGAACCUGGAGUAAUAUGUAAAAGUCCAUCACGUCAUCAAGAACCUGAACUUUAUUCUGAAAUUACUGCACUGGAUAAGUACAACGAGCUUUUAGGUUUACUUGAUGCAGUUCCAUGUGUCCUAGAAGCAGUACUAUCUGACCAAGGAUGUGUUAAUGAAGUCUCGCAUGUAUACUAUGUGGAUAAGACCUCAGGAGACCAUAACAAUCUACUUCAGAAAGUUGAGUUUCAUGAACGUUUACCAGUCCUUAAAACUAGAAGAACAAUUGAAGAAACAGUAGAAAGUGAAUUAGCAAAAAUGCUCCACCCUGAGAAUAAAGAUGUCACUAAGAAAUAUGAAAAUGAGAAUGAAAACAUAAAUGAAUCAGCUAUUCUGAAAUCGAUAAAGACACAAGACGAUUUGAAUGUGAAUUCAAUCCUUUCUGAAGAUGGAAUCACAGUGAGUCAACAAGCUUCUGGUUCAGCAAUUGAGCAAUCUCAAUCACUGAUUUCCUGCAAUUUGAGCCAGUCUUCAGGGCAUCAACUGGAUUUGAACUUAGAUUCAGAGCUAACAUCCACCCAGCAUCAAACAGAGCAGGAAUCACCUGUUAUAGAUGAUGAUUUUGAAAAGGUACAUUUAAGACUUGAUGAAUUGGGAUCCAAGAUGCAGGGUCUGAUGCAUAACGUUAGAAUUCUGAUUACUACUGUAAAAGAAAUACAUUCUGCAAUGAACAUUAAUGCCCAAUAACUCAUUGUGUCCAAAUAGUUUUUGAAGUGCAGAAAAUCCAUGUUCAUUUGCCUUAAGGUAAGGUAGAAUUGGAACAUUACUCCUUUGCCACUGUUUGUAAGUUGAGGGUCAUGCCACUUCAAACAAAGGUGCACAAUUCUCAGCAAUAAAGUUUUUUUUAAGAUUGUAUUCCUCCUCCCUGGUGUUCUAAUUGAUAACUCACUCUGUUUAGAAGCUUUAUAGUUGCUAUAAUCUUGUCUACGUAUAAUAAUCCUUUCAUUUGGUAAACCACAUCAACAUCUCUAAGUGCUUUGGUGCAUUCUCUGUACAGUGCAGGAAAUGCAUUUUAGGCAAACACAGCAGUUAUUUUGUGCAUAGCAAUAGCCAUGAAAUAAAUUAAUAUUUUUUAAUCUGGGGAUUGCUGACCAGGACACCAGGAAAAAUGUACUUUACCAAUAAAGCCAUGGGUUCUUUUAAGUCCUCCUGAACAAGCAAACACAACCUUGAUUUAACAUUUUGUUUGAAGAAUGGCAAUUCCGACAAUGCAGUGCUCCCCCGUGACUGCAGUGGAGCAUCGACAUAGAUUAUGAGCUCAAAGACCAGAUGUGGGGCUUAAAUCCAUGAUGAGAUGGAAAAGGCUGCUGCGUCAACCCUAUGAAAAUGUGGUAUGGGUGUUAUUUUACCUGUCUGCCCUAUUAGAUGUUUGGAACCCACUAUCGGAUGAUAAUGGCUAAGUCAUGGAAUUAUUUGAUGCUUGCCAACCUGUGCCAAUAUGAAAUUAGGAUAAUGCAGGGUGCAUUCCGCCACAUACAUAUUUUGGUUCCAGUGACAGGCAAAUUUCCCAGUGUGUGUGACCCACAUUUAUGGAACUUGCAGUCUGGUAAUGAUACUCAUAAGCACUGUGAUGGGUUUGUG